AUGGCUCCAGAGCAAUUUCGUUUGAAAUUCACCAAAGUGGAAUGUGAAACUUCGGACAAGGCGGCUGUAAUCUUUGAAACUUGCAAGGUGAAAGCCGUAUCCCGAAAUCUUCAAUUUAUUUCAUUGAAUGUAACAUUUCGCGAUUUACCAAUAACGGAUAUUAAUGGAUCUGUAGCAUUUUACAAGAGAGCUAAUGGUUACAAGCCAUUCCUGUACAAUUUCGUAGUGAACUGUGAAUUUGUGAAACAUCUAAAUCCAGUCACUAAAAUAGUUUGGAAAUGGUUUCAAGAUAACAGUAAUAUUGGUGGUCUGUGUCCAUUUGAAACAAAUUUCCAUAUGCCACGUCUGGAAAAUGUAUAUGUGGAAAAAUCUAUGCAUCAGCUGCCGAUACCUGGUGGAGAUUAUGCCUGCUUCACAACAUUGCUACUAAAUAAUAUGACACAAUUUUCUGUAAAAGUUUAUGGAACCAUAUCGUAA